GGAUUCCACCCAGGCCAGACCCUCGCUGAAACAUUGAAGUGUCAGACCUCGCGACGCUCGCGCUCAGCUCGCUCUUCUGCGUGUGAUAAUUAAGCUAGAAUCGGCCUCCCCUUCCCCCACCAAGGAAAACCAUGUCUUCAGCACCAGAAGAAGGGUCGUAGUGUAGGUAGAAAUGGGGUGUGGUACGUCCCAGGCUGUACAGGUGAUCGAGGAGGACCCCGCCAAGACUCCCACCACGCUGGAAGCUACUGACGAACUGACCAGCGUGCGAUCCAACACCCCUGACCUGAAUUCCAAGCCCGUGGACCCGCCCUCAGCGCCCCCCAUCCUAUCAAACGGCACGGAGUCCUCUGGCCCACCAAUAGAAGAGAACCUGCCACAGACACCCGUGGAAGAGACUCCGCCCCAGUCAGCUGGUGGACGUGCCGUGGCCUUUGAGGUAGGGCCAGCUGACUCCUCAGAGUCCAUUAUUCGCCGUCACCCACCGCGGAAAUUCCAGAAGUUGGAGGAACUGCAGCAAGAAUCCAGCAGCCUCACGCAGGAGAAGCUCGAAGAGAAGCAGGCAACUGCAGAGCGUCGCCGUCAGGAGAUUUUGACACAGCGUGUACAGAGCGCUAAGCACCGUAGUGCACGCAGUUCUGGACGCCUGACCAGUCAAACCGGGCAUGCUGAUGAAGUGGACCAGUUCAUGAGGACGGAGGACCUGGAUUGGAUGAGCCUGGUCAGUACGACACUCUUGCAACAACCAGUGAAACACUCCAAAGUGGCACCCAAUCCAUCAUCCUCCAUACACGGGGCCGGCUACACUUAUCAUGUGUCCUCCACAGGGUGAUGGCAUCAUUGAGAGCGCUGCCACAGUCACCUCGGAAAAUGAACUGUGAAGAGCAACAUAAGCCAGCCAGCCUCACUAGAGUGGUGAUGGGUACCACUAAGUCCUCAAGCAGGACUCACUGUUCUGUUUGGCAUCCAACUCUACACACAUGGACUUUGUAUAACAAUAUCCCUUUAACCAGUACUGAGAGAAAAUAAUACCACCAAUUUAAUCAUUACUACUAAGAAAAUAAUUUAGGUGAUGAUUUAGUGAGUCUGUAAAGAAUAUCAUAAUUCCUAUAAAUCAGAAUCAGCUAUGAAGAUCAAGGUGAAAAUAUUUUUAAACAAAACAGUAAGGAAAAAGACUACAAAUCAACAAUGGACAAAACAGAGAAUGAAAAACCUUCAACUGCAAGAAAUAUGUCCCCGUUAGAUUUUUUAUUGAACGUUAAGCAUAAGAUCCAGAAUUUCAGACAAUCAACUUUACCCUCAUCAUCUAACUCAUGGAUGCUAACAUUUCAUUCCAACUGAAAAACCCAAAUUAAUUAUCUCUUAAGAAUAUGUCAUUUCACUGGAACUAAUGUUAUUGUUUUUUUUUCUCAUACCUUCACACUUUCCUAUAUAAUGAUGCAGGUUUACAUUCCUUCUGUGAACCAUAAACUUUGUGAUGACCGUAAGAGGGACAAGAAAUAAUUUUAUAGUCUGUAGUGAAUCCAUACUAUACUACAUUUCUCUUCUUGCAAUAUAUGAUAACCAAUGACCAUUUUAAUAAUUACAGCACUGGUGUCAAGUCAUAUGCUCUUUUAUUCAAAUUGUAUAAGUUACAAUUUUACUUAUUAAUCAAGGGUUUGAAAUUCAUAUAAAAUAAUUAUGGAAAGUCAUUGAAAAGAGAUAAUAUAUGUACCAAAGGAUGUUUCUUUUUUCCCCAUAAACCAAGAUUAAUAACAUGAUGGAAUGUAUUGAAAAAGAAUUGACAUAUACUUAGUAGAUUAAUAAAUAAUUUAACUUGAGGUUUACCCAUAACAGCACAAGAGUAUUAUGCUCCUGAACCUUAUGCAGUACUGUACUAUCAAAGCCACCGCACAAAUUAGUGUAAUUCUUUAAAUCCAGGUGCAAGUAGCUCAAUGUACCUUAUGUAGAAUCUCAAAAGCUAACACAUCAUUAGUAGUGUCAUCAACAUCAAUUAGAUCCAUUUAUGUGUAGAUAAAGUUAGGAAAGAUUAUAUGUAACCCAAAGUAUUCACUGCAAAGACUCGUGUUCUUCUGACCUUUCUCUGUAUAUAAAAACAAGCACCUCGUCUCUACUCUGUGACGUCCCUUCAUUACUCACAAGUUUCUCUCUUCAUCUCAUUUAAUCACUCCUAAACAACUUACAUAUACAAAAUGUUAUGUUGUAAAAAGUGUCUUGUCAGAAAGUUCCUCCUAUACUUAUGUCCAGCCUACCUAUAGCAUGUUCAGAGGUUUAUGAGGGUCGAGUCUUGUGUGUUUACCAUCAAUUACACAGACGUUUGCAGUGUUAAGGAAUAAAAAUAAUUAUUCACUCACCUGUCUGUAUAAUCCAUGAUUUUGUAGCUGUUAAUAUCCAAUGAACAAUAUCUGGCUUUCAAGGGCAAUAUGUAAUUAGAAGAAUGGGAGCCUGUUGUAUGAGGCCAAAGUGUUGUCUCUCUGCCUGUCCCUGCCAAGGAACAGAGAACUGAUAUGUGGUCCCCUCUUAUACCCCUCUGCUGAAAUAUAAAGGAAUAUUUU